GUACUUUAUUCGUAUUAAAAAUGUAUAACAAGUGCAAAUUUUUAUCGGUAGUGUUGAUUAAAAAGGCCAGUAUUAUUUAUCGCGGAUAUUCGCGAUUCGGCAUUCGCGAUUCGGCAUUCGCGAACGGCGUUUCGUACAUGAUUGACAGUUCGAGUCGUGGAUUUAUAGGUUAGCAAAUAAUUUCAAUGGAAUUGUAUAUAUUUUAAUAUCAUAAAUGCGUAAAUGAUUCCUGCAUUGAUUCUAAAAAGUCGAAGCGCGAUGUAUUUUUUAUUAGUAUGUUGAAAAUUUAUUUCACUGAAAUCAAUUAAGUAGAAUAUUGUUAUUAUAUGCAUAUCUAUAUCUAACAAUUUUCGUCAAGACAGUCAUUGUUUGUCUUACUUGAGUGCAUUUACAGUGUCGAAUCGAUUGUCGAAUGUGUAAAAUUAAUGUAGAGAUAUUAUUAUAUGCGUAAAUGCAUUGUGACAUAAUGUAUUUCGUGUAUCGCGGCGUGGCAAAUCUAGUUUUUACAUAAGUAAAGUAUUCGAUAGUGUGUGUAAUUAACUAUAAGUUCGGAUAUCUGAUAUUCAUUGAUCCUUCGAUGGAAUUGAUGCAGAGUUCAAGGAGAAAUCCACAGUGGAUGAAGCAUAUUGCAAUAUUCUAGAUAUUUAUUUAUCCAACUGAAAGAGCGUGCUUAGCUAGAAUACGACAACUGAUGAGUGAAUUCGUUCAUUUAUUUGCGUGAUGCACCUUGCAAUUCCGUUUUUAUAAUUACUCAAAAAAUUGCUGGCUAUCACUGAAUUUAUAACUAAAUUUAUGAUUCUAACAUAAAGUUUUUAUUUCACGUUUGCAUUUUCGUGACAUGGAAAAUUUGUUACGUAAAUUUGUGAUUUUCUGAAGCAAAGGGUUAACUUUUGGCUAAUAAUACGCGCAAUUAAAUGCGAGUUUUCGAUAUUCAUUGAUUUAUCAAUAGAAUUGAUGCCAAGAAUUCUGAGAAAACUGAGAAUCUGCAUCAAAUAAAGUGUACUGCAAUAUCGUAGCUACUGAAUAUAAUAAUUCAUUCAUUAUUUAAAUAUAUACAUAAUUGCGAUAAAAUACACGUGUAUACAAUUAGAAUUACAUAACAGUUAAAUCGUUCUCAAACAAUACAAUGCAAAUUCUUGUUUUGUCGUGGAAAAUUAAAUAUUUUAUGCUAGUUAUAAGCAGUAUUUGUUAAUCGAUUUAUAUGGCUUAUGAUAUAAUUUUUCAUAUGUAUAACACGUUUAUCGCAAUAUUUGUUACAUCGUUUUGGACACUUUAAUUUUCUGAGACAAUUGAACAUAAUAGUCUCUUUUGCUUUGGCACUAUACUAACGAAUAAUCUAUAAAUGUUGAUGUCACGAAAAAUAAGACAAAGUUUUACGAUCCUCCGCGAUCUGGUGAUACAUUCAGUGACGUGCACACACGAGCCACAUAGAAUCCCCUCUUUCAGAAGAGGUGCUUUCAUGCGCGCGUAUAAAGCCAGUGAAAGCGCCAGGCGGCCCUCCAGACUAGCGCACAGUCCGACAGCGAUAGGAGCUCUGCCGACGUACGGCAAACUUAGAUUAAUGCUUGAGAAUCUCACAUAAGUUCAUACAUUAAUAAAUAAGGCAACUGAAAAAAUUAAUUAUCGUGCUCUGUUCGUCGCGUCUACGUGUUCGCGACUUUCCGAUUUGUGAAUAGGAUAGCUUAGAUCAGGAGUGACAAUGAAGAUCUAUCUAAUUGGAAUCUUGACUAUUCUACUACUCGUUGGUACCACGAUUUUGGGACAUCCUUCACAGGAGAGAUCCAUAAUGCCAGAUGGAACGCCGGUUUUCGAGGACGCACACGAGGACUCCGUAGCGUCGGCAUCGGAAGUGGAUGAAGAUUACGACGAUUCGGACAUGUAUAUGGAGCCGGAUGAAUCCGCGAUUUCGCAAACAGAUCGCGCGGAAGAAAGCACGCAGAAGGGAAAUCAGGACAAAGCGUCCGAUGUUACCGAUAAAAGCGACGAGAAAUCAUCCGAAGCGGAAGAACUGAAAUCGGAAGUCACUAAAGAUCAAGAGGCGAAGAACACGGAGCACACCGCGCAGUUCGAUACGGCAGACAAAAACUUGAAGACCGAUAGUCAGAAUUUCUUCCCGUCCUUCGCGGAGCUCUUCGCGAACCACCGACUUCCGUUCGCGGAGCAGCAGCGGUAUCGCCCUAACAGAUUUUUGAAUUAUUUCCAACGUGACCGCGGCAAUUAUCAGGCUGCCGCCACAAAGGAGCAGGAAUCUCUACUGGGUUCGGGCAACUUCGGCGUGAUCCGCGGCGGUACUUAUUAUCCGGAGAAUAAGGAGAACGACGAGUACUCGGUAGACGAGAGCCUCUACAAUCCGUAUUACAGUCGCGCACGUGCGCAAUAUUACAGAAAUCCGAAACCGCAGCCGAUUCGCAGCGGCGACUUCUUCGCGAACUUCCGCGACUUCGCCGACAUCACGGCGCCGCCCAAGUCCAGCUUCUCGCAUCUCUCCGUGGUGUACGCCAACAAGAACGGUAGCUCCACCGGACGCAUCACGGAACCCAGAAACAUCAUCGAGACUCUGAGGAUGUUGGAAGAAGAAGAGCGAUCUGACGCAGAGGAGCUGUCCACUACGGAAGUGCCGAGGAAAAAGCAGAGUAAGGGCAAGCAGAAGCUCAUGAAGAUGAAGCAGUACGAGGAGGACAAAGCUAGGAGGUCACGCAUGUCGAUCGAGCCGCUGCUCGCUCUCAGCUGAGCGUGGACGAAAAAAAAUCACAGAAGUGUACGUUAACGCGGACGCAAACCUCGGGAUCGCUCCCAAACGCGGAAUCUGGCCUUGAGAUCAGAACCAAAGUCUGAAAAGCGCCGUCUGUCUACCAUUCGAGGAGAAUGUACUGAAAACGUGCAAUAGAGACAGGAGGUUUGUAUCUAUGCAUCUUUUGUGGACGAUACUGUGCGCGCGUGUGAACUUUUCGAGCAAUCCGAAAGGCUGGCGACUCGAGAAUCGUACUUCGAAAUUAACGCGUGACGUCGCUGGUUAGACUACGUUCAAUUCCUAACAUUGGAAUUCCGACAGUCCGUUUAUAAUGAUAUGAAAAUAAGCUUUGAGGUACGAAGACAUCAAUUCGUAGUCUUAAAUUAAGCACCAUUUGCCUUUAAAGUUUUUGUAUCAUUUCCUAAAACAAUACGAAAAUAUUCGAAACAAGUAAUUAGAUUUUAAGAUAUUGUGGAAAUUUUUCAUGACGAUAGGAAAAUUAUUGCACCAGAAACACAGGCGCUGCCAUUCCCUGUUUAUUCGACCAGAUCCGAGACACAUGUGACCUUAAUGUUUAAACUGCUCUUAAAACUUAACAACCGCGUAAGUUUGAAAGAUCCUAAUUAUAAGAUAUUUUUCGAGCCUACAAUACGCUAAUUAGGAAAUUUCAUGUAGCACUAUAUAUUUCGCCGGUCGUGUAGACACUUUCUGGAGAACCGUUCCUGUUUCGGCAAGGCGCUCGCAAAGCUAACUAGCAACGAUUAUUCACGGAAACCUUUUACGUUGAUUGAAUUCACUUGCUCGUACGCGAACGUUACGCUCGAGUAAGCCGCGACGCCGGAAUCGGUAACUCUUACCUACGACACUUGCGCUCGGGCUAAACUGAAUUCCGCGAGGCUCGUGCGCGUGGCCUCGUUAUCCUAUAAUUGUGCGAAACGCGAGGACAUACGUCAGAAUAUGCAUAAGAUCUGUUACUUUUGGUUGCAAUUGCUAUUCAUGAUUCUUCUCCAUUCAAAAUGUAACCUUGUUCAGUUUAAGUACUGAAAAAAAUGUAAAGCAAAAAGAGCAGGAAAAAAACUCAAACGCGAUAAAAGUUUGCAUCGAGUUGUCUUCCGAGACUACGGUAUUAUUAUAAGUAAAUUAAAUAAUAUCAAUUCGCUUUUUACGUCUAUUUUAGUAUUUUAGCUAAAGCGAAAACGGGAUGACAAUAUUGCAUUUAAUCGUGAACUAUUGUAUUGAACAUGCGCGGCUCGUACGCCAACGCGCAAAAUUAAUUUUAAUUAUAUAUAUUAUAGGUAAAGAUCCGUAUACAAUCAUUAAAUUAAUAAAGACUGUCCAUUUUGUAUAUCCGCUACUGGUUAUAAAAAUUUGUUAAUUACUUUUCUUAUACGUGCUUGCAGUCUUAACGAGAUUGCUAAUCAGCCACGAAAUUGAUAUAUGAGAAGCGUUACUCAGUAAGGAAAUAUCUGAAUAUUUCUUGCCAUUUGCAAUUAUUAUGGAAUAAAGAAUAUUCGAAUUGGAAUUCCCACAGAAUUCCGCAGCGACUUUCACCCCCGACGAAAUUCGCGGCGAAGGUUGCCGCGUUAUCUAGCGAAUAGAAACAGCAAUUCUACAUCGACGACGAGAUCAUGUCGCUCCUUCGCCGCAGAUCUCGAUUCAUUGUUAUUUCAUUUAUUGUUGAUUAUUUUAACUGUAAUCUUAUUAGGCUUAUUGAUCUGCCCUAAAAACAUAUUCAAAACAUGUGCCCCGUUCAAUCAACUUUGCUUCGAAAGAAAGAGAGAAGGGGCGCGAUAAAAAAAAUGAAAUAAAGUAUAUUUU